AUGAGAUCUUUAUUGUUUUUACUUUUGGUGUUUUUGGUGAGAAAGCCAACAAUUUUUCGGAAAAGUAUGAGAUUUCGGAAAAUUUUCAGCCAAUUUGUGCAUCAGUUCAAUUAUUCGGUGGUGAUUUUUGUGUGACUUGCAAUGCAACUAUCGAAAUGUUGCUUCCGGAGGAUAAAAAUGAGACAUAUGCUUUGAUCGAACAAGCAACAAGUGUAAGUUUUUGGAAGUAACAGUUUCGAAAUUGUUUCUAGAAGUUCAAAAUUGAAUUCCAGUUUCUCAUCUGCAAUUUGCUGACUGAAAAAAUCCAGGACACCUGCGUUGAUGCGAUUUCAACUCCACUAAUUUCAGCAUACGACAUCGUUUAUUAUUUUUUGAAUUAUAAUCGUGAUUCUUAUUGUAAAUUGUGGUGUUAA